AUGACAGACACUAAUGGAAACGCUGUAGUACAUAUGACCGUCAUACAUGAUCUACCUGAAAUGUUCACUUUGGCAUACAGCAGUGGAGCAUCGCUGAGCUUGCGGAACAAUCUAGAACUAACUCCAUUGGCACUAGCAGCGCGUCUGGCUAAUAAAAGGAUGUUCUCACUGAUUCUUGAAAGUGAAAUGGAUAUUGUCUGGAGAUACGGAGAUAUUGUUUGCAAGGCUUAUCCGCUGUUGGAAAUUGAUACAAUUAGGGAAGAAGAUGGUGGACUGAAUCCUAAUUCUGUCCUUGCCAAUGUUGUCUAUGGGGGUAAAAGCAGCCACCUCGAUUUUUUCGAUGGACUGUUGGAGGAACUGCUCGAGAGAAAGUGGGAGACUUUCGCAAAACGAAGGUAA